CGUAGGUUACGCGUUGACGCGCGCCGUGCGCCGUACCCUACGGCGUAGGCCCUGCGUCGAUUUAACGCGGAACCAUAAUUCAGGCUCUACGGUCGUCCUUGGUGACGGUCAGCAGGUUGAGUCCAUGCCGAGGUCAGUCGGCUGCUGCCGGGGUUGAUGUGGGGGACUCGGCCGGUCGUGGUUAAAGCAGCUCGGCCCCGCUGGUCCCGCUGGUCCCGCUGGUCCGGCGGUGAGCGACCUUCAGGACUCCGUCAUGGAUCUGACGCAGUUGGCAGUGGAUGCCGGUCAGUUCAUCAACCGCGCUGUGCAGUACACGGGAGAAAACCUGGGCCAGGCUGAGAGGACGGAGUUUGACCCCGGACUGGAGCAGCUGCUCACCCGGGCAGACGCCACCAAGACCUGGACGGACCAGAUCAUCUCCCAAACCGAGGCUCUGCUGCAGCCCAGUCCAGGAGCUCGUUUGGAGGACCGUCUGUACGAGCAUCUAGAGUGGAGUGUCCCGCCUCGGCCACGUGCACUUGAGUUACUGGGAGAGGAGAUGACCCUGGCUGGACUGGAGAUGGGAUCUAACGUACCCUAUGGUACAGCACUGAUAAGGUGUGGCGAGGCCCAGAAGCAGCUCGGAGAGGCAGAGAGGAAGUUUGUGCAAAGUACCAACAUUCACUUUCUCUCUCCUCUGAGGAGUUUCUCUGAGGGGGAGUACAGAGCCAUACAGAAUGAGCGUAAGAUGUUGGUGAACAAGCGUUUGGACUUGGACAUCGCUAAGAGCAGACUGAGGAAAGCCCACGAGGCCGACAGAGAGUCCAGAAACCUGAAUGCAAACCCGAUGCAAGACGACUACGUGGCUCAUGUGUCCUACAUGUUCAGCUUCCUGCGUGUUAAGUGGCUUAAGGCAUGGGCUCAGGAAAUCUCUCAGGCAGAGAUGGAGCUGAGGAUCUGUCAGAGUCUUUUCGACCGCCAGUUAGAAAUGACGCGUCUGCAACUGGACGGAAUGAGCAACACUCAUAUCAGCCACAUGCGAAGCCUGAUUGAUUUUGUGGACGGUCAGGCCUCUUAUUUUGCUCAGUGUAACCAACAUGCUCAGGAACUUCGGAGACAGCUCGCCAGCAUCCCCUCUGUCUUCUGCUCCAACAACUGGCAAUCAGCUCUUACUAAUGCAGCUAAUCAACCGUCAUCAAGCAGCCAUGUAGCUAAUGAGCCUAUUAGGUUAGACCAGAUCUCGCCAGCGCCCAACGACAUCCACCGGCUCCCAGACUUCGACCAGGACUCGUGGACUGUAAAUUCACUACCCAAAACUGCAAAAGAUUCCUCUCUAACUGCACUGCCAUCCGACCCCACGAACAACAACAAUAACAACAACACCUUUUCCAGUCCUUGCCUGGUAAACCAGCACGGUUCAGCAGUGAACAGCCAGUCAUCUGCAGACCUCGUCUUCACAUCGAACCAAGCAGAUGAGCUGCAAGAUCCCAGCAGGACCUGCAGCAUCCCGACUGACAGACCGGCAGCUUCUGCAGCAGAUUCUACCUCCACCGUCGCUGCAGCCGCCUCGGCCAACACGGCAACAGCAGCUUCACCACAUUCUCAAUCCAGUGCAACUUCAAGUGGGUCUGCUGAGACCGGGACCCCCAAUGGUGCGGCUCCUGAUUCACAAACAACCGGUGAAACUAAUGAAGAGGAUGUUCAGGAGCAAAAAUGAGCUUCUAAACAGGGACGUGGCACCAGGAGAAAACAGGUCAGCUGGUACUGACUUCAUCUGCAGCUUCAGCUGAAGUUGUCCCUCACAUUAAUAUAGUAGCAUCCCUUAUGACAGAAUUAUUAAUUUAAUCCCUUAACUAGGGCUGUGCGAUUAAUCGAUUUUAAAUCUAAAUCGGAUUUAUUAAUCAAGACGAUGUUAAAAAAAGGAAAAUCGGAAAAUCGAUUUUCCUUUUUUGCAGCUGGCUGCAUUACAGACAGAGCUCGUCUAGUCAUCUUUGUUUGGUCAAGAAAAUUGUAAAUGUUGUCACUUUACUAAACUCAAGGAGGAUUUACAGUAUCUUUCAAUUGCACUUAAUUCCCAAUAGGGAAAUUUGUUAUCUACUUUUCUUUAAAAAUAUAUAAAAAAAUAUUAAAAUAUAUAUAUAAGAUAAAAUAUUUGAAACAAUUUAUUCCAUUGUCUUUUGUAGUUUUACCAAAAAAAUCGAAAUUGAAAUCGAAAAUCGGGUUUUCAGAGAAAAAAAUCGGGAUUUUAUUUUUGUCCAAAAUCGCCCAGCCCUACCCUUAACCUUAUCAUGUGAACUUGUUGUAAAAGUACUUAUUUUUCUAAAUGUGAUUUAGUGCCACAGAAAUGUUAAAAUGUAGUAAUAUUUACAUAUGAUGUAUGAGUAUGAGUCUUGGCUUGCAGUAACAGAUGUUUUAGUUCCCAGUUUCAGGCAGGGGAAUCCGACUGUUACAUAUUUAAAGUGUAAAGUUGACCUCAGUCUUUGUCAGUCAAACUUAAUCUUGAUUUUUACAUAUAACUUAAUGACUGAAAAGAUUAAACUGUGUGCCAAGUGAACAAGACUCCACGUGUGUGUGUUUAACUGUUGAUUUUACAAGUGUACACAGACCUGUGACACCUUUAAAACAAAUGUGUGAGAUGAUGACUCAUGUUUUUACAAAGUGAGGUCAUUUUCCAUAUGAAACAGUCCCUCAAGUGUUGUGUUGGGGAACCGGAGCGGUUUCCUCAUGUAUACACUAAAACCACUUGUUGGUGUCCAUCAUCAGGAGGGCAGCCCUGCUCUGCUGUGAUGUGGGACCCUGGAAACAAACACACUAAUGUGGCCGAACUGAUGUAAUCAUCCACCCACCAGUAACAUGCCCCCCCACCCCGUAUGUAUUAUAUAAAAUAAACGAGACUCAUGUUUGAGUCACAAGUUUCUCCGUGCCAGGUUGGAGUUUUCUCUUAAUAUGCAAACGGUGACGUCAUGCCUCAAAUAAAAUCAAUCUUUGUUCCCCAGAGAGGGCAUUUAUGUUGUUUCCUCUUUUAAAUCAUCUUUCCCACGCAGGCCAGACCUCAGAUUUACAAAUGCACAGAUAUUUUCAGGUUUUGAUCAAGCGUCACAGAUCGAGCCAAAAGGGCUUUUUUUUGUUGUUGAAAAACAUCUCCAAAAAGAGCAUCCACCUUUCAAAACUUGUGGGUAACCACAUGAAAAACGCCUACAAAUAACUCUUAAAAACCCCUGAAUAAAGUAUGCUUUUCUCCUGUAUUUUGAUCCCACUUCAUCUCUUCCCUGUUGACCGCCGUCCAAACAGAUUACAUCGAUGAGAUGCAAUCUGUGCGGUAUUGAUCUGCCAUCAGUCAGGAGGCCCUUGGCUCAGAAACCCUGUAAACACUUACACCACACCACUAGAUGGGCUGUUUGUUUUUUUUUUUUAAGCUGAGCGGAUGUGCAGCCAAGCACUUACAGACAGAUUAAAUACCGCUUCUUUUUCUCCCAUGAGUCAUAAAACAAGAAUAGAUUCUCAUCAAUCUGUCCGCGGUCUCUCAUCUGAGUUCUUCCUCAAUACUGAAACAACAAGUCCCACA